CAAAGUUUAAAUUGUCCCGACACUAAAGCAGCAUAUCCAUGUCUUAUUCUGUAUGGUUACGUCUUUAUUUUCAUCAUACGAGUACAUCUAGAUUCGGCACGAAUAUCUACACUUCACGAAAAGAUUGGCGCCAAGUUUGGAACACGAGAGUAUGAUAUAACGUAAAGUGUAAGUCGAGAAUUAUGAGUACAACAGUUCCCUUUUUUCUUUUUCUGUGCUCAACAGGACCCAAGAAGGCAUUUAAAAUUCAUCAUGCGUUUUUCUUUGAUAUUUUCACUUCUUUCCUUGGUCGGCUUAUCGAUUCAAGAAGAUUAUAGCAAUCCACUGAAAAGUUCCCAAGGAAGCGACCCCUUCAUCGUGACUGAUCUCGGCUACUACUAUCUCCUGACGAGUACUUGGUCUGAUGUCCAAAUUACCAGGGCCAAAACACUGGAGGGCCUUAAGACAGGCGAAAAGAAAGUCGUCUACAGGUCAGAAGAAAUAAUCCGUUGCUGCUAUCUAUGGUCGCCAGAACUGUGGAAAAUCGACGGUGUUUGGUACCUUUACUUCACCGCGGGAACCAAGGAGAGUCUUGAUGGUCAACGUGUUCACGUUCUUACCGGGGGAAAAUCUCCGUUCGACGAUUUCACCUACACAGCCCAAUUGACUCCCUCAUGGGGGAUUGAUGCCACCAUUUUCAGGACCCCAGAAAAGAAUUAUCUGGUCUGGUCCGGCAUAGCAAUGUGGCAAAGUCUUUUUAUCGCAGAACUUCUAACGCCUUCCACUAUUACAAGUCCCACUCUCCUCUCCGAGCCAACGAUUCCUUUGGAACAGGUUCAAAACCCAGUCAACGAAGGACCAGCAGCCCUUUACGCUGGCGGAAAGAGUUAUUUGACAUAUAGCGCAAGCGAUUGUUGGACAGCCGAUUACCAGCUUGGAUUACUGACGUGGGAUGGUGUUACCGAUCCACUUCGUGCUGAUGCUUGGACGAAGUCUGGCCCGGUAAUGAAUUCUGCGAAUGGAAAUUAUGGUACUGGACACAACGGAUUCUUCACUUCUUUUGAUCAAUCUGAGACCUGGAUUGUCUAUCAUGCUACUUCUAGGCCUUCUGGAAACGUGAGUUGAGAACUUCCUAAGAAAAUUUGCUUGAACAAAGCUGACUAGUCUUAGUGUGGUGCCCAGCGAUAUACGAUGGCACAGAAAAUGAACUUUAACGGUGAAGGCGCGCCUAUAUGGCCUGUAAUUGCGCCACCUUUGAACGCAACACUCCCAGGACCAGCUGGAGAAGACAUAGAAUUACAUUAGACUCUAGUGACUGGAAGACAACAUUCAUUUCAGUCAACACGCUGCGAUCAAUAGACACUUUAGAAAUUUGCUGUAUCACGAAUCAACACAAACAGCAUGAGUUGUAUUCCACAAUAAUGACAAAUCAACGAUUGGAAGAUUGUGCAACCUCAGCUAACCCAUCCCACUCAACAAUCUUGUUCCAGUAUCUCUCUCUAUUUCCAUCCCAAAUUGCCUUGAAACAUCUUCGCAAAUUUUCUGGAAUCGAUUUUCACCCCCUUCUCAUCGACAAAUAGUGCCAUCUGGCCGCACCUGCCCACAUGCCCUGGUCCGGGUGGCGGGAUCAAAUUCCAAUUUUACAAGUGGAGGGAUAAGAACGGAGACGAUGCAGAGUCCAAUAACACCAUACUUCUCUCGUGCACAUUUUGAUCACUUUCUUCGCCGUUGAUAGAUUCAAGUUUGGCGACGGUGUAGGGAUUUGAUUUGUGGAAGACCGCACGAAGAAUGUGUUUCUCAAUAGGUUGGUUGGGGUAGAGUGUAUUCCUUGCUGGGGUGAUGGAAGAAGAAUUCCAUGGGCGUCUAUACCUUUAUAUAAUAACAGGUCUUGGGAUCUGUACUACGUAUCUGCUGAGAUUAUCGGGGUCUGAAAUCCUGUGUUUCUAUGUUUCCAUUCAGUAUCAUUCAGUUGUGACGUGGUUUGAUAGGAUAACGUGAGACGCGUGAUAGCAUAGUGAAUUGGCA